CACUGAACUUCCUGAGGAGAAUGAAGCAGGAGGAGCUGGCUGAUCGUCUGGAGAGAAAACAUAUUGCUGAAGUGUGUCAACGUGAACUUAAAUCUAGUCUGAAGGAGAAGUUCCAGUGUGUGUUUGAGGGGAUUGCUAAAGCAGGAAACUCAACUCUUCUGAAUGAGAUCUACACAGAGCUCUACAUCACAGAGGGAGAUACUUCAGAGGUCAAUGAUGAACAUGAGGUCAGACAGAUUGAAACAGCAUCCAGGAAACUAGACAGACCAGGAACAACCAUCAGACCAGGAGACAUCUUUAAAGCCUCACCUGGAAGACAUGGAUCAAUCAGAAGAGUGAUGACAAAGGGAGUGGCUGGCAUUGGGAAAACAGUCUUAACACAGAAGUUCACUCUGGACUGGGCUGAAGACAAAGCCAACCAGGACAUCCACUUCACAUUUCCAUUGACUUUCAGAGAGCUGAAUGUGUUGAAAGAGAGAAAGUUCAGCUUGGUGGAACUUGUUCAUCACUUCUUCACUGAAACCAAAGAAGCAGGAAUCUGCAGCUUUGAAGAGUUCCAGCUUGUGUUCAUCUUUGACGGUCUGGAUGAGUGUCGACUUCCUCUGGACUUCCACAACACUGAGAUCCUGACUGAUGUUACAGAGUCCACCUCAGUUGAUGUGCUGCUGACAAACCUCAUCAGGGGGAAACUGCUUCCCUCUGCUUGCCUCUGGAUAACCACACGACCUGCAGCAGCCAAUCAGAUCCCUCCUGAGUGUGUUGACAUGGUGACAGAGGUCAGAGGGUUCACUGACCCCCAGAAGGAGGAGUACUUCAGGAAGAGAUUCAGAGAUGAGGAGCAGGCCAGCAGCAUCAUCUCCCACAUCAAGACAUCACGAAGCCUCCACAUCAUGUGUCACAUCCCAGUCUUCUGCUGGAUCUCUGCUACAGUUCUGGAGGAUGUGUUGAAAACCAGACAGGGAGGAGAGCUGCCCAAGACCCUGACUGAGAUGUACAUCCACUUCCUGGUGGUUCAGACCAAAGUGAAGAAGGUCAAGUAUGAUGGAGGAUCUGAGACAGAUCCACACUGGAGUCCAGAGACCAGGGAGAUGAUUGAGUCACUGGGAAAACUGUCUUUUGAUCAGCUGCUGAAAGGAAACCUGAUCUUCUAUGAAUCAGACCUGACAGAGUGUGGCAUCGAUAUCAGAGCAGCCUCAGUGUCCUCAGGAGUGUUGACACAGAUCUUUAAAGAGGAGAGAGGACUGUACCAGGACAAGGUGUUCUGUUUCAUCCAUCUGAGUGUUCAGGAGUUUCUGGCUGCAGUCUACAUGAUCCACUGUUACACCAACAGGAAGACAGAGGUGCUGGAGGACUUCCUGGGACAAAAUUUCAAUGACUCAACUCUGGAUGUCUUCCUGAACAGAGUCAUGGAGAAAUCCCUGGAGAGUAAAAAUGGUCACCUGGACCUGAUGGUUCGCUUCCUUCAUGGCGUCUGUCUGCAGUCCAACCACAGACUGGUAAGAGGUCUGCUGGGUCAGACAGAGAUCAGUCCAGAAAUCAUCCAGAGAGCCAUCAACAACCUGAAGAAGAUGAACAUGUACAACAUUUCUCCUGACAGAAACAUCAACAUCUUCCACUGUCUGAUGGAGAUGAACGACCUCUCAGUUAAUCAGGAGAUCCAAGAGUUCCUGAAGUCAGAGAACAAAUCAGAGAAGAAACUCUCUGCGAUCCACUGCUCAGCUGUGGCCUACAUGCUGCAGAUGUCAGAGGAGGUUCUGGAUGAGUUGGACCUGAAGAAGUUCAACACAUCAUGGGAGGGACGACGGAGACUGAUUCCAGCUGUGAGGAACUGCAGAAAGGCUCAACUGAAGUGCUGCCGUUUGUCAAAGAUCAGCUGUUAUUCUCUGGUCUCAGCUCUGAAGUCCAACCCCUCCCAUCUGAAACAUCUGGACCUGAGUGAAAAUGACCUGCUGGAUUCAGGAGUGAAACAUCUGUGUGGUUUUCUAAAGAGUCCAGACUGUAGACUGGAGACUCUGAGAUUGAUUGACUGCAGUUUGUCAAAGAUCAGCUGUGAUUAUCUGGUCUCAGCUCUGAAGUCCAACCCCUCCCAUCUGACAGAGUUGGACCUGAGUAACAACAACCUUGAGGAUUCAGGAGUGAAGCAGCUGUGUGAUGGACUGAAGAGUUCAAACUGGAGACUGGAGACUCUGAGAUUGAGUUACUGCAGUUUGUCAAAGAUCAGCUGUGAUUAUCUGGUCUCAGCUCUGAAGUCCAACCCCUCCCAUCUGACAGAGUUGGACCUGAGUAACAACAACCUUGAGGAUUCAGGAGUGAAGCAGCUGUGUGAUGGACUGAAGAGUCCAAACUGUAGACUGGAGACUCUGAGGUUGAGGUACUGCAGUUUAUCAAAGAUCAGCUGUGAUUCUCUGGCCUCAGCUCUAAAGUCCAACCCCUCCCAUCUGAAACAUUUGGACCUGAGUGACAACUUCCUGAAGGAUUCAGAUGUGAAGCAGCUUCUUGAUCUUGUGGAGAGUCCAGACUGUAGACUGGAGACUCUGAGGUGGGAGUCAGAGUAAACAGGACGGUAUGUGAGCUGAGAGAGGAUGAGCUGAGUCCUGAUGAUCCAGAGGUUGAAUCAGUAGCAGCUUGUGUGUAGAGAGACUCUGACUGGACCAUGUUACUGGGAGGUGGAGUCAAGAGAUUAAAGAUCCUCAACAGAGCUGCACCAACUAUUAACACCAACAAGUAAAGACCAGUCCCUCUCCUGAAUUAUUGGACACAUUAAUCAACCAGCAUCAACAGUCUUUCUAUAUUCUAAUGUGUCUCUUCACUUCUGUAUUUAUUGUACUGUUUAUUUUACUCCUUUUUCAACCAUUUAUUUCAUUUGAAAAGAAACAGGAAGCAGUUUUCACACUGAGUCUCUGCUUUAUGUAUCAUUGUCAGAGAUGGAGAUAAACUAUUGUUGUUAUUGUGACACACUUUCAUCUACACUUUGCUUUGUUGUGCUUUACUCUUCACUGACUGGUUACAGAGACGUUAUUUAAAAAAUGUCUCAGAAUUAAAAUUAAGAGCUCAGCGCCUUCAGAAAAACUUAAAGGCUCAUUUAAGACUUAAUUAAUGGCACUUCUAGGUUUUCCAUAAUGAUCGUUGCAAGUUCUUAUAUGGUUAAGUUGCUUCUCUUAUUUAUUAUUUAUUGCAUAUAAAUAAGAGAAGCAACUUAACCACAUCAGAACUUUUGCACAAUAAUCUGCUUUUUUGCUCUGUCUAUCUGACACUAAUUUCACCAGUGUCCACGUUCUGUGAUCCUAGAAAUUUAUAUUCCAUUUUUUUUUUUUUUUUUUUUUAGUAUUUUUGAAAUUCCCUUCCCACGCUGUAUAUACUGACUGUCAGAGUGCUGCAUAUUCUUGUGUAUUUUGUACCUUCUUUCAAACUUCAUACUGUCUUUUAUUGUUUGUAGAUUGCUUGUAUAUAUUUUCGUACCAAAUUCUGCACUACUGUGACAAGGUCAUUUCCCAUAUGUGCGAUAAAUAAACAUUGUUUUAUGUCUUA